UAUCAUUCGUUUAACUAUUAUUAAAGAAGCGAACAAAUUCUGCGCAAUGUCUCGCCUAUUUAUUCUAGCACUUGUUUUGUGUAUCCUGGCUGAUAGUGCUCUUGGUGAUAUUGAACAGAUAUUACGAAGCAUCAACAGGGCACUUGGUGGAUCCACCGGUUCAAAUUCUGGUAAUACAGGGUCUGGACUUGGCAUAAGAACACCCAAUAGCGAAUUUUCGAUUGGAUUUAAUGGCUGAAUUAUCCCAUUUUUGAGAAAGCGUCAUCAUGAAAUAUCUGGUUGACAAAAUAAAACGAAUUAUUUAAUUGUAA